AUGCCUUCUAUUGAAGAAAUCCUUCUAUCCGAAACUGAAAAGACAUUCCAGUAUGAUAAUGAUUUGUUGACCCUUCCAGUUCCAGAUUUGUCCAAUACUUUGAGAAAAUAUUUAGAAUCAGUUCGACCUCUGGUGACUGAUGCAGAAUACAAAAAAACAGAACUGAUUGUUCAGCAGUUUGCUGCUGGUGAUGGUAAAGGAUUGCAUGAAAAACUCCAGGAAAAAGCACAUACAACAAGAAACUGGCUGGAGCAAUGGUGGGAGGAUGAGGCAUAUUUGAAAAUUAGGCUACCAAGACCGAAAAUCAACAUGGGCAGUCCGUGCCCCUAUGAUGACAUCUGGCAGUCUCUGCCUGGCUCACAGAUUCCCCGGCAGGCUCUUGUUCUCUAUUAUUUACUCAAAUUUUGGGACUAUGUUCGCAGGGAAAAGUAUAAACCUUUGAAAGAUGGGAAAGGAAGACCACAAUGCAUGUACCAGUUCAGACGAGUAUUUAAUACAUGUAAUAUACCAGGAGUCUCUAGAGACAGUCUCAUACAUUACUUCAAAACUGAAUCCGAAGGAGCCUGCCCUUCACAUGUGCUGGUGGCAUCCAAGGGUCACAUUUUUAUUUUGGACACACACGAUGAAGCGGGACAGAUACUGACCCCACCAGAACUCCAGUCCCAGUUGCAGAAGAUCAAGGACCGGAGUCUAGCCCUAGGCCAAGCUCAAGGUGUUAAUUAUUUCACUUCAGAAGAAAGGACUAGAUGGGCCGAGAUUCGAAGUCGAUUAAUUGCCCUUCAUCCACACAAUUAUGAAAAUUUGGAGAAGAUCCAGAGUUCUGUCAUAGGUGUUUGGCUUGAGGAUGGCAAUGGAACUGACGCAACAGAUUUAGCGAACAAAGGACUGCUGGGCUGUGGUGACAACAGAUGGUGGGACAAAGGGCUGUCUUCUGGCAUGUAUGAGAAUGGAUUAUGUAUAUCAAACGCUGAUCACACACCUGCAGAAGGCGUUAUGAUGGUUUAUGUCACCCAGUACAUCCUUGCAAAGCUCAGAGAAAACAAUGGCAAAUGGCAGGGCUCAGAAAAUAUACGAUCACUGCCGGAACCUGAAUUACUUGAAUUUGUCCUAGAUGACCAUUUGAGGAAUGCAGUUGAACAAGCUAAAAAUAACUAUGCCAUCUUGAGCCAGUGUGCUACAGCAGAAGUUCUGAAGUAUACCAGAUACGGCAAAAACUACUGUAAGCAGAUCAAAAUACACCCAGAUGUGUAUUGCCAGCUGGCCAUGCAGUUGGCCUACUAUACUUUGUAUGGCAGAAUGGCUCCUACAUAUCAGACAGCCCCGAUCAAACAGUUCUAUCAUGGACGUACUGAGACCAUGAGGACAUGUACCUCAGAAGCAAAAGCUUGGUGUAUCGCCAUGCAAGAUCCUUCUGUUCAAAAUGCUGAGAAAUUGAAACUUCUACUAGCAGCUGUGAAAAAACACAGCAGCGAUUUUGCUGAAGCUUGUGAAUUCAGAGCAUGUGACCGUCACUUGCUGGGAUUACUGCUGAUAGCUAGAGAAGAAGGAUUGCCCACACCAGAGCUGUACCAAGAUCCAUCAUUUUACAAAAGUGGUGGUGGAGGCAACUUUAUUUUGUCCACCAGUUGCCUUGGCUACAGUCCACUUGUAGGUGCGGUUCUUCCAAUGUGUACAAAUGGUAUUGGUGCUUUUUACAGUAUAAAUGAAGAAUGGUUGAUAUUUAACUUGACAACUUGGAAUGAAGAUCAAGACACCAGCAGUGAGAGAUUUGCUGAGGCUGUCAGCAACGCACUGGAUACCUUGAGGAGCAUCACUGAUCAGCAGUUUCCUGUUACUUCAGCCAGGCUGUAA